GAUGGAAAUGAAAGAAGAAAGACCAGAUCUGAAUGAGGAGGAGGAGAAAUAUCAGGAUCAGAAAGAGCAUGAUGUCAAUAGAGAAAAAUCAGCGAGUUGCAGCAUUAAAGAAAGAGAAGUCAAAGGGCCUUUCAGCUGCUCUGAGUGUGGAAACACUUUCACAUGUAACAGAAAUCUUAAGAGGCACAUGUUAAUUCAUGCUGAAAUAAAACCUUUCAGCUGCUCUCAGUGUGGAAAGAGUUUUACCACGAGAGCAAGCAUUAAGGAUCACAUGUUAAUUCAUGCUGGGAUAAAGCCUUUCAGCUGCUCUCAGUGUGGAAAGAGUUUUACACAGAAAGGUCAACUUAAGAAUCAUUUGGUAACUCAUACUUCAGAAAAGCCUUUCAGCUGCUCUGAGUGUGGAAAGAGUUUUACACAGAAAUCAAGCUUAAAGAUUCACAUGUUAAUUCAUACUGGGAUAAAGUCUUUCAGCUGCUCUCAGUGUGGAAAGAGUUUUACAUAUAAACUAUGCCUUAAGAAGCACAUGUUAAUUCAUACUGGAAUAAAGCCUUACAGCUGCUCUCAGUGUGGAAAGAGUUUCACACAUAAAGUAAAGCUUGAGAAUCAUUUGGUAACUCACACUUCAGAAAACCAUAUCAGCUGCUCUCAGUGUGGAAAGAGUUUUACCACGAGAGCAAGCAUUAAGAAUCACAUGUUAAUUCAUGCUGGAAUUAAGCCUUUCACCUGCGCUCAGUGUGGAAAGAGUUUCACAUUUAAAGGAAACCUGACGCAUCACAUGUUAAUUCAUGCUGGGAUAAAGUCAUUCAGCUGCUCUCAGUGUGGAAAGAGUUUUACAAAGAAAUCAAACCUUAAGAAGCACAUGUUAAUUCAUACUGGGGAAAAGCCUUUCUCCUGCUCUCAGUGUGGAAAGACUUUUAGAGAUAAAUCAAGCCUUAAGGAUCACAUGUUAAUUCAUACUGGGAUAAAGUCUUUCAUCUGCUCUCAGUGUGGAAAGAGUUUUACAAAGAAAGCAAGCCUUAAGAAGCAUGUGUUAAUUCAUACUGGGUAAAAGGCUUUCAUCUACUCUGUGUAGAAAGCCUUUUAAACAUAAAGGUGACCUUGAUAAUCAUUUGGUAACUCAGACUUAAUAAGCCUUUUACAUGUUAAAGGGGUCAUCGGAUGCCCAAUUUCACAAGUUGAGAUGAUUCUUUAGGGUCUUAAUACAAAAAAAACCUUUGGUUAAAAUGUCUCAAUUGUAGUGUAAAACAACACCAUUGAUGACUGCUGUGUUUAUAUUUACAUUCAAUUAAAUUCAAGUUUAUUUGUAUUGAGAGUGAAGAGUUGUCAUCAUGGUACAGAGCCCCUCACCUCGAUAUCACCCUCUCCGCCAUGUUGACAGGAUCCCAGCAGCAAAACAUG